ACAAAAAAACAUUAACUCGACUCGUGAUUUCGCUUGAAAGUACGAUUGUUGCUUAAUUUCCAAUUUUUAGGUCCACACAUUUUGGGAAGAAGAGGGAGGUUUGGAUAAAGCUACUCUUGACUUGCUCGGCGACCGUUUUGCUUUGGAAGGUGUCAGUGGAGUGAUCGCAUCAGCAGAGAAAAGUUUGCAAACAGUGGUAUCCGAAGCUAUUCGUAUAGUACAGGCGUCGAGUCUCCUGGCCAUACAAAAUAGCGCUAACGCUAAUGUGAAAUGGAUUUACGAACUGGCAUCAGAUGCAUCACAUUGCGGUUUUGAUUCCGUUAGACUGUCAACAUUCCGCUGGACCACGGCAAAGGAUCAAGACAGCUAUGAGCGAAAGUUAUUCACGACCAAAGGGAAAGACCUAGAGGGUGCAAUCACCGUGUCGGCAGUUUCUCGCGAAGGACUAAUCUGUGAUUGUAUACUGCCACAUGGAUCCGGAAAGCUCAAGGCUGGAGCCCAACCUGAGAUGAGCUUAGCGGUGGCUAUGCAGCCGAAAGCGAGUCUAGCCAAUGGUCUCGUAGAGACAAAACCGGUGCAGACCGACGCAUCCCAAAAGGUUGAUCAAUUACCAGAAGAUGGACACCUGCAGCUGGUGACAGAUGAGAAUAUUGUUUUUGGAGAUAUCACCAAGUUCCUCUCAGUUGACACAUAUGCAGGUGGCUAUGUAUAUGCUUUGGCUACAUUCAAAUCAGAAGCGGGAGAGGUCAAUCGACUAAUGCGAAAACAUCCUGCUAUGGAUGCUUGGCUAGUACACAACGCUUUGCUAUCUGAAGUAGCCGAGUCAGCAACGCUGUCUACAGAUCGAAAACAAGGAUGUAUCAUAUCCGAAGAAGGCACUCGUGUAGCACUUUUCCGCGUACAGAAUACCAUGUUAGAAGAACAACAACCAACUCUUCUUGUUGAAGCUUCUCCGCACCGUCCAGCUUUACAACUGCUGUCACAUCAUCACUUACGAUAG